UGUAAAUAUCCGAGAACUCAGCGAGCUCUCUCGCUCUCUCUUUGCUGUUUUUCGUUACUCGCCGUCACUUUUUCCGUCAGUCUCGCUGUAAAUGGUUGACAGUAAAUUUGCUGCGUGUAAUUUUUCUUGAUGUGGUAAUUCGCGUGUUGGAUGUUUGCAAAGUGCGCCCCAAAAUGGACGAGUUUGUGAUGCAGACGCUGCAAAAGUGGAACCUCGCUGAUUUGGUGGAACGUUUUCGGGAUGAGGAAGUCAACGAGGAAGCCUUCUCCGUGCUCACCCCGGACAUCAUCAAGGAGCUCGUCCCGAAGCUGGGCAAACGGGCCAUCUUCAACGCCCGGUACGCCGAGUUUAAACAAACCCUGGAGCAGGAACAAGACGCACCGCCAUCGAUUCCACUGACCACUGACCAGCAACAAACCGUUGACCAGCUACCGGCCCCCCCAACCCUGUACCCAAUGCCCAGCGUCGAACCCAAAGAUCAGCAGCAGUGCAGCGCCCAGAGCUUCGAGUCGUACUUUCUGCAGCAGUUGAAACCGCACAACAGUGGGCCACCUUCGGUUCCGGAACCGCUGAACGAUUCGUUCGGGCUGAACAUCGACGACGAACCCACCAUCAAGCGGAUCAAGCUGGAGAUUUACGAGGGCGAAGAACUGUCCAAAAACGGGCAGGAGGACGACGGGUUUGACGGUGGCCAGAUGGAGUCGUUUUCGGAGGAAUCGUUUCACGCGGGAGAUUGCACGGAGCUGGGGGAUGGAGCGGAACGGUUGCGCACGUUGCUCAGUCAGUCGCCGUUGACGCGGGGACUGCUGGAGGCCAAGUGUUUGGAUAAAUCACAGCGGAUUCUGCUGACCAACACCGUGGUGCAGUAUUUGAUAUCGAUCAGCAAGGAUGGCAGAAUUCCAACGAAAACCUUCCAGUACUGGCGCAACGCCAUCCUGUCGCUGUGGCCAACGCAAGUGAUGAGUGAUUACUUCAGAAAAGGCAACGGAAGACUCCAGGAUCGGUUCCAUUACGUGAACCGAGCAAAAAAGGAGGAGUUGAAUCGGGUGCGCGAGCAGCACCUGUUUGCGUCGGCGGUGGACAGCGUGGCUGCUGCCAUGGCGGCGACGGCGGCUCCCUCUGCCGGAGAAGGAUCGUCCUCGGCCCAGCGAAGUGAGGAUGACUCGUGGGAUGGACAGGACGGAACCAGCGAUGGUAAUGGUGGCAUCGAGGCUAGCCCCGAGGAGGAGGAACAAACCGUCGCCGAGCUGAGGAGCGUCAUUUCAAAGUGUUUUGUGCUCAAGCACACGCUGAAGGCGCAGUUUCUUACGCCAAAUCAGCGGAACUCGCUGGCCAGUGCGAUCGUCGAUUACCUGAUGGACAAGAACGGUGGACCCAUCUCCAUCAACGAAAUGGUCACGUACGCGCAGGCCAUCGAGCGGCUCUACCCGAACGAGAACGCGUCGAUCUACCUGCGGCGGGCGUGCAACCGGGCCCGGGUCAACGGCAAGCUGUACGACCGGUACACGUACGUGAAGCGCAAGGGGAAGGCGUGGGACGAUUUCCUGGACGAGCGCACCCAGUACGGGCAGCUGCGCGAGAUGCAAGACCUGGAAAAGGCGCGGCCACUGUGGACCGAGUCGCUGAAGGUGCGCCAGGAGAUGACGCGCAAGUUUAGUCCGGUUAAGAUUCUGAACUCGUUUACGUUCCUGAAGGAGCCGGAGGGGUACAAGUUGCUUCUGGAAGACUUUGAGCGAGAGCUUCCGGACAUGAAGAACACCUUCCAGGAACACUGGCCACAGACGGCCACCAGCAUCUACCGUUACGUUCUGGAUACCAACUUCCUUGUUGGCAUUUCCGAGUUCAACGUAGAAGAUUUCCAAACCGACAUCGUCACGUCCUGCCUGAUCAUCCUCCCCCUCCUCUUCAAGAUGUCCAAGCGCAACGAGAAAAAGUGGGCCCCCUCCCGGCUGGACGUUUGCCACAACUUUGUCCUGUACGCACGUGAAUUCCGCGAGGCCGUCGAUGCCCUAAAAUGUCGCCAGCAGCAGCUGGAACGCUUCAAGAAACGCAUCAACCCGACCGUGGUGGCCAUCGGGCCGACCAUCUCAACCAUCGAAGUCGCCUAUAUCGUCAUCCAGGACACCUUUUACCGGUUCGAGUCACUGCCGGAAGCGAUCGAGGUGUGCGUGAAGAUUGGGGCGGCCCUCGGGGUGCGGUAUUUGGAGGAAGUGUCCGCACCGUGGUACUUUGUUCAGCGGUUCGUGAUGAAGCUGGAACUGCCGUCGGAUUUUAUCAACUCCAGGGUGUUCACGGUCGUUGAGGCGCUCAACUUGCCGAUGAGAUAGAGGGGUGGGAAUGCGCGCCAAAGUGAUAGCUAUAGACAGAAGCUGUUUUGUUAAGUUUUUUCCUUAUCUUGAAAUGACAUUCAUUUGAAUUUACCGUACCAACAAAGGAUUUGUAAAAUCUUGCUCGAUUAAACAUGGUAAUGCUAUUGAUAUCCAUUGACAAGCACUGAAUGUGUUUCAAUAAUUUCUGUUGAAAUCAUAAUUAUAAAAUGAA